AUGUUGUUACUGGAUGGCGGAUUCUGUCAGAACGCAAUCGAGGGGGCCCAACAAGACCUGGAGCUAACCAUCGAGACUCAGCUCAGGGAAAAGCAGGUGUACGCGGACCGCCUGAGGUUACUCUUCGAGGAGAUGACCGAGUCUUCCGAUCUGAGCGAAGGGUUGACAGCAGCUGAGAUCCACUUUCAGCUGGCAAAACCGAAAGUACAGUCAUGGUUCAAAUCAGCAGAGGCCACACUGGGGUCUGGCGCGGACGCAUAUAACCCUCGAUUGCCGAAUCGUGGCGUCGGGUCAAAGGAUCAAAGGACGGAAAUCUCUGGAGAGCACGGGAAGCGAGGCCACCGUGCGAG